AUGAAUAUUUCUAUAGAAAAGAAAAGAUCAGACUGCGCUGCCUUGCCUAAAGGAUGGCAGAGGGAAGAAGUUAUAAGAAAAACUGGACUUUCAGCAGGCAAAGUUGAUGUGUACUACUAUAGCCCUACAGGUAAAAAGUUUCGCAGUAAACCAGAGCUAGUUCGUUAUCUCGGUGAUAGUGUGGACUUAUCAUGUUUUGACUUCCAACAAGGUCAAAUUAACACAAUGCUCCUGUGCAAGGCCAAGAAAGCUCGAGCUCAAUUUGAUUACAGGGGUGUUCGCUCAGAUGCUUCACUUGUACCUCCGAUACGACAAACAGCUUCCAUAUUUAAACAGCCUGUAACAGUAUACAAGACCCAAGAAAGCAAAGUUAAAACUGAUCUUAAACAAGGCACACAAGAAAAACCAAAGCAACUUUUCUGGGAAAAACGUUUAGAAGGAUUAACUGCUUGUGAUUCUAAUGGAGUAAUUGGAACAACUUCACUACCAAAAUAUAUUAAAUCUUUGGGACCAUAUACUUCAGACGCUACAACUAUACAGUCACUAGCUACUGCUUUACAUGUUUCAUCACAACCUAUAACAGGUCAAACUGGAUCGAAACAAACAAUAAUAGAGAAUCCUGGCGUUUUUUUAAACCCAGAUCAACCUUUGAUAGCGGCUGUGACAAUAACUAAAGAUGACCUGCGUCGCCAAGAGGAGCGUGUGAAGCGCGCCCGUAUAAGGCUUCACGAAGCCCUAGCGGCUGCA